AUGCCUUUUGUGGUUUGCUUUAUCGUGUUUGUGGUUUGCAUUAAGAAGUUUCUGGUUUGCUUUAUCAAGUUUCUGGUUUGCUUUCAAAAACUUUGUGGUUUGCAUUGUGAGGUUUCUGGUUUGUUUUAAUAUAUUUGCGGUUUGCAUUAGGACGUUUAUGGUUUGCUUUUUUGUGGUUUGAUUUACUGUGUUUGUGGUUUGCAUUAUGAGGUUUCUGGUGUGCUUUCACAAAUGUUGUGGUUUGCAUUGUGG